AUGGUGAAAAAUUUUAAACGUCAUUGUGAACGUUAUCAUAAUAGUGUUAAUACAGAAGAAAAGUACAAAAGACAAUUUGAGAAGCUGAAGGAAAAUAUUGAAAAUAACAAGAAUCCUUUGAAAUCAAGAAUAUUACAAAAUCAACAACAAUCAGAACAACAACAACAAUCAGAACAACAACAACCAGAACAACAACAACAAUCAGAACAACAACAACCAGAACAACAACAACCAGAACAACAAUAA